AUGUUCUCUUUUAAAAAUUCAAACAAGCCCGACCGGUAUCAUGUCGUCAAACCCACCAUGAAGAGGCUCGAGCCAAAUAAACAAACAAAGGCAAACAAUAAAAAUAGCUGCGUAACGACGGUGUCGAGCGCCAGUCCGCCCCCGCCUCCCCCCGCCCCGCCGCCCCGCCGCCCCGCCGCCCCGCCGCCCCGCCGCGCCGCCCCGAGGCAU